UAAGAAAAGUCUUUACUUCGUUCCACCUACCGUUCCUCUGUCUCCAACCGAUAAGUCGUCGCUCAUCUUCAGACUUCUUCUUCUCAUCUACCUUCCUUCCUUUCUCUCACAGAACAAAAAACCUGUCUUUCUCUCUUUGCCUCUCUGUCUUCUGGUUUUUAUAAACCCUAAAUUUCUCACAGGUUUUUUUCGGAUAAUAUUGUUUAUAUUUGAAUCGAGGAAAGCAAUCCGUGAAGAUAUGGCUCAGUUCAAGCUCAUCGCUUCCCUCCUUGUAUCUCUAUGUCUCGUUCUACCUCUCACCCAAGCCAAAGAUGUUAACUACUGCGAUAAGAAGGCUGACUAUGAUGUCAAGGUCAAGGCAGUCGAGAUAAUUCCUUACCCUGUGGCAAGAGGCAAGCCUGCCAGCUUCAGCAUUUCUGCAACUACAGGUGAAUCAAUCUCUGGAGGGAAAUUGGUGAUUGAGGUUUCAUACUUUGGUUGGCACAUCCACAGUGAGACUCAUGACCUUUGCUCAGAAACAUCUUGCCCUGUGUCAACUGGUGAUUUCGUGAUUGCUCACUCGCAAGAUUUGCCUGGAUAUACUCCACCUGGUUCAUACUCUCUCAAAAUGAGGUUGUACGACGGAAACAAACAUGAACUGACAUGCAUUGCCUUUGAUUUUGACAUCGGGUUUGCAUCAUCUGAUUCAUCCGUGGCUGAUAGUUAAGUGCAUCAAAUGUUGGUCUUUUGGUAUAUCUAUCGAAACUACAUUAUAUAGCAUGUAAGAAGAAUUAUCCAGGUCCAUACUUAUACUUCAAAUUUGCUGGUACGUUGUGAUGUGUAAAUUAUUGUCAUUCCAUCUACUCGUUGAGACUAUUGGAAGUUAUUGAACAGGAAUUUAAAUAUGAGAUAUUGUUAUAUUUCAUGCUA